AUGAGAGAAGAGAGCAUUGCAGACUCUGUACGAAAUUGCCUCAAUGACUUCGAGGUUAUACGAAAGGCGAACCUCUUAGACGCUGGUACAGCCAACCACAACGCCGCGCUUGAGAUUCGCGAGGAAGAAGCUCGCUUCAAAAUCUGGUCUGGGAACAUUGGGGCGCACAGCGAUGGACGAAGAUCGCUUCAAUAUCGUCUAAGAGAUGCGUCUCAUUUGCAGAGACAAGUAAUGUCUCUACUCGACGAAUUAUCGGAGCUCUUGGGAGACGCUUUCCUCAUCAUGACUGGUGAAAAGAUUCCCUGGGAUCACGUCCAAGAUGAGGAAACCAUUUCACUGGACAUUGAGUCUGAGUCUGAUCCUGAGUUUGGUGACAUGCCUGAGACAGAGGUGGCACAAAUCGCGGAAAAUAUCGCAGACGUUGUCAAUUGUCUACUGCGACUGAGUGUCGCCAUCAGAAAUCCAGCUCCACACGAUCGUUUCAUGACAUUUAGUUCCAGCGAAGCCUCACAUUACGAACCUUUUGACAUUCAGCACGUCAAAAACAAGUUUGGCGAGAUCGCACCGUUUCUUGCUGAUAGAUUGGGGAAAGCCAUAUCACGGAGGAGAGAAUACUUCAAGUAUCGCGAAAGCCACCAUUUGAAGCUCAAACAAGGCCUUGGCUCGGUAGAAGAGGAUGGUGCAGAGAGUACUGUUGCGAGUUCUCUCCCCUUACACGCAAAAGCCGCUGGCUUUAAUUUUGAAGCGAUGGACGAAGAUGGGGCUUCUAAUUCUGGUCUCACGCAAACUUCGUUCGCAUCUUCUAGAGCAGAUUCAGAUAAGCUCAGCGUUCCUCAGCUGCCAAAAGAAGCUGAAGAUGGUCCAUUUGAGUGCCCGUUUUGUUAUAUGAUGAUAACAGCCACUAGCAGGGACUCUUGGAAGCGACACGUGCUUGCCGACCUCCGACCUUAUGUCUGCCUUUGGGAAGACUGCACAGCAUCCGGGAUGGAAUUCACGCGACGGUACGAGUGGAUUUUGCAUGAGAUGCAGAACCAUCGGAAAACAUACAACUGCCCAUGCUCCUGUGGAAUGCCAUUUCGAGUCAGGUCACAAUGCCGAGAUCAUAUUAACAAAGGCCACCCCAAGGCUUUUCCUCCAAGUCAACUCGACACCAUGAUAGAUUUGAACGCAAAGCCAAUGAACGAGAAGGAGAGUUCAAUUUGCCCCUUGUGCCAAGAGAAUCUUUCGUCUAUGAAAGAUUACCAACGCCAUGUCGGCAGACAUCAAGAGCAGCUCGCACUAUUCGCUCUCCCAUCACUACCAACUGACGAUGAUGCGCAAAUAGAAGACAACGUUUCUGGACCGCACACUUAUGCUUCUUUCGAAGACCUGAAUGUUCCUUAUGGACAAACAAAAGAGGAAAUGCCUCCAGAGCCACCAGUUCCGACCAAACCUACCAGUGGCCCAAUCAAGGAAAUGGAAGACCUGCAUGUUGAGUACUGGACCAAGUGGGUGCCACUAUGCUCUGAACUUCUCAGGUCACCAACUUCAAAUACCAAGAAAAGAAAGGAGGACUGCCGAAAACUGUCUGAAGAUAUUAUAACCCAUGUCUUGCUCAAGAUAGAUACUAUCGAAACUGCCGGAAUACCAGAGGCUAGAGCGCGAAGGUUAGAAUUAGUCAGGGAGGUUCAAAACAAAUUGACGGAUCUGGACGUUGUGAUAGACUCUUAA